CAGUUGGGAAAAUGGCUGCUGUUUACACCAAAAUCUACAAGCGCUUAAAGCACAGUGGUUUCCCUCUUGGUGAUAGACUGAAACUAUUAAAAUAUGCCUGGAAGUCAGAUAAUGUAAAUAUACCAAACAAAGAACAAGAUUUGAUAGAUGUACUAGGCAGUUUAUUAGUCAAUAAAAAACAAAACCACCUUACAGAUGAAGAAACAGAACAAGUGUGGAAUUGUCUCUAUGAUAUUUUGUCAACCAGAAAGGCUCACCAACCAUCUAAAUAUGGACAAACACUUAUUAUUAAGCCGGUUUUAUCUAGGGUAUUAUUGGACAGUUUACAGUCAUAUGUUGGUAAAAUGGUGGAUAAGAUCUGUUGUACUGUUUUAAGAUGUUGUCAGACUAUAUUGACAUCACCAACGUUAUCUUACGUAUUAACAUCAAAAUAUGACAGUCUGGCUACAUUACUGGCUGUAUUAUGCCAUUUAACCUGUCAACAAUGGGGUAAGGAUAGUUGGGAUGUUAUACAACAGAGUCUUCAACUUGUUUUAAAAGCUUACAGUGCAGUACAAAGACGAGUACUCAAUCAAAAUAUGGUUCGUCAAACAGUUACUGAGAAGAUUGUAGUACCAUUAUUAUCUGUAUGGUAUUUAAAUAGUCUACAGGAUGCAUUUAAUUCUAAAGAUGAGAAAAUGUUUUUACACAAAUUUAUCUUAGACUUGAUCAAUUCAUCUUACUUACAUCAGAAUCAUCUUGGAUCUAUGAAGAAAUAUUUAGAUAGUGAGACUGAUGAUCAAUCAAAGACUGUAGCUAAACAAAUUAUAUUAGUAACAUUGUCUGAUAUAACACAUAAAGAGAAUGUUGGUAAUCAUCAAUUACAAGAAAGUAUAUCACAAUUUAUACCUGAAUUUUACACCGCAUUUUUACAAUUAGACAGUUUUGAUUCAGACUACCAAUUUAAGAUGUUUAUAGUUCUUUGUGAAAUACUGGGAUUUAAUAAUAAUAUUGAAUACUCAGCCACACUGCCACAAAAUGUAGCAUUAAAGGGACUUAACUCUCUAUUACAAUUAAUCCAAGAAGCAGAUGUGUAUAAUGUAGCAGUUGAUAACGAGAAAGGAAAAGUUCAACUCAAAUUUUAUACCAAUCUAUUACGUGUAUUGCUGACUAUGAAGAGAUGUUCUGAAUGGUAUAAUUGUUUGAUGUCAUUACUAUCUAUGAAUCAUGAAAUAAUACAAGAGAAUAUGAUGGAUGUAUUAAAAAAUGCUUGGUUAUAUGAGACAAAUCCCAGUCUUCAGUCAAAUAUUGAUGGUUUAAUGGCCGCUAUUGUAACUAUAUAUGGAAAGCUACAUCAAGAACAGAAAUGGUUAAACUAUAUUUUUACAGCUAUAGAUAGUUGUAAUAAACCUAAUAUUGUUACAAUGACACAGUUUUACAACAGUUUUGCUGAUGUAGUUGGAAGAAUUCAUCAAACUUUAAUUACACAGAUAUGGUCGUUAUUCUCUGAAAAAAUUAAAACUUUAUUAGAAUCUAUAGAUGAUGAAACAGUAGAAGUAUGUUUUAGGUUGAACUGUAUUGUGAAUCUAUUUCAACAUUUUGUGGCUAAUAUAAGUGUUAUAGAGUAUUCUGUAUCUAAUACAACACAUAGAAAGAUUGUAGAACUAAUACACGAUGUAGAGAGAAAUAUUCUAAAGGUUAUCUUUAAAUCUUGUAUUAAAAAGAAUAAUGAGGAUUUGUUGAAAUGUGGUUUAUUACUAUGUAUUACUGUUGGUGAUAUAAAGUUAUUAUUACUUCGCUAUACAAAGAUAGGUGGAAUAUUUAUAUCUCAAUCAGAAGAUGAAACCAACAUUCUUCAUUCAUACCUCAAACUCAAAAAUUGGCAGAAAAUUGCAGCUUCAAUUACUUCAUCUAAUUGUGAAAUUCUCCAACAUCUGAUGGAUUUGUUGAGUGUACAGAAGAUAAGAAGUUGUCUUGUAUUAAAUAAAGAUAAUAUAUAUGAAGUUGUUAAUGAAGCUAAUGUAUUAAAUCUACCAUCAAUAGUAAAUAUAAAUCUAUAUAAUACCUGGAAUGGAAAGAUUGAAUUAGUUAAUAAAGAAAAUGGUGAAUUAUGUAGAUGGGUUUUAUUGACAGAGAUUUAUCCACUUGUUAUCACGUUUUUAACAGAUAAACAAAUAGAAGAACUAGCAGACUUUAUUAUAUAUAUUAUAGUUAAUACUAAACACAUCAGUGAGAAGAAUAAAGAAACUCAUAGUUUUUAUUAUGACUGUAUGAAGUUUUUAUAUAGCAGUCCAAUAGAAGAUACAAGGAAACUACAUUCCUGUUUGAUUAAUUCUUUAUUAAAACAUAUAUUUGUUGAUACAACACUUGAUAGUCCUAAAAAGAAGAAAGCAACUGCUGCAUUGAUAGGAAGUGAACAGAAAAUAGAAUGGCACAAAACAAUGGAAAGAGAAACAUUAAGUUGUUUAACCUGUAUUGUAACAACUGUAUUAAAGAGACUGAACAGUGAUACAAUAGAUCAACAUUUACCUAUUGAAAUACUCUAUAAAACAUCACAGGUGUUGAAGGCAUUACCAAUAUCCUCGUUUAAAGAAGCUGAGAAAUUACGUACUAUAUAUGUGUGUAUUCUAAUCAUCAACUUUCUUGAGAAAAAACUUACUAAUUGUAAGAAAAAUAUAAAACAAUUAAAAACUGGUAUGAAAAGAAAGAGUGAUGUAAAGAAAGAAGAUAAUGAAUCUAUUGAACAUCUAUUAUGUGAUUAUAUGUGUAUAUUAAGUAUUUUAUUCGAGAGUUGUAAUCGUGUAGCUGUAUUUCAACUAUUAUCACCAACUCCUUACUUCAUCUGGUUAAUACAGUUAUAUACACAUUGUUUUAAACAGGAUAAAGAAUUAAAGUAUAAGAUGCAGUGUUUAGUUGAUAUGAGUUGUUAUGCUGUAUUAGUUAAUGUAGAUGUAUUAUUAACUAUGGGAGAAUAUAUUAAGCAGUUGGUGACAAGUAUUGAAGAUUUACCAUUAUCUGAUGAUAGUCAGGAAGCUAAGAUAUAUAUAUUAGCCUCAUUAGUUAAAGAACUCACAUCACAUUAUGAAAGUGAGUUUGUUAGAGAUGAUGUUAGUUUAAAAUGUAAGGAGUAUAUUAAAACUAUUAGUGAUACAGUAAUAUCAACAUUAAUACAACAAGAUAUAACAGUACAUACAAUCACACUAGUCACACGUAUUAUACACUUUAACUGUCUUACAGAACAAAUCAAACAUAAUACACAUUUAAUACACAAUAUACAAUUUAUACUUCAAACAGUCUUACAAAGAUUACACACUAAACAGACCAAAGAUGAUCUGGAUAUAUACCUGAAGUAUUUAUCUACAUUAUAUAUACAUAGUACUUAUCUAUCUACUAUACUCAACCAGCAUACAACACUACAGGUGUGGCAAGCUAUACUCUCACAUUCUAAAACACAAUCAGUACAAAACACAGCAUCUACACCAACAAUCAGCAAGUCUAUACAUAGUUUAAUGGCUUUAGUUAUACGUUCCUGUGAUGAAGAUAAUUUUAAGAAGAUUAUAAACCAGAUAGUACAUGAUGUUUGCGUACCAUGUUGUCCAGGUGAAAAUAAAAUCCAGUCAGCUUUAUUGAUAUGGAAGGAAAUAUUAACUUUAUCAUUAACACCUGUACAAGGAUUAAUUAUAUCAGAUGUUACACCUACAUUAUUAAUAAAUUGUGGUAAUUUAUUACAAGACGUUAUACAUUUGGACUCGAGUGAAUGUAUCAUCAAUAUAGUAUUACCAGUUUUAACAACACAAGCAUCCAUGUUAUCAUAUGGAAAUAUGUUAAUGAAACCUCACGUUGCUGUUCUGUGUCUUAAUAGUUGUCAUCUGGUUAAUCUAGAAUUAAGAUAUGAGUUAAUAAUCCCUGUUUUUAAAGGACUGGCUGAUAUUGUCUAUUCUUUCUUUAUUAACCAUGGAUCAACAGCAGUAGCGGUCAUACCAACUAUUAUCAGUGUAACAAAAUUAUUAUAUAAAGUGAUAGCACAGUAUGGUGAUCAAGAUAGAUUAACAACAUAUACAGAUUAUAAAGAAGAUAUCUGUGUUUGUGCUAAUCUUAUAACCAGAUUGUGUAAUUUAUAUAGUAAAGAGAAAGUAGGAUUUGGUAAAGUAGCUAUGUAUGUGGUGGUUGAUUAUUGUACAGAAGUACAGAAAGUAACAUUAUUACCAGUAGUUAAGAAAGCUCUAGUACCCAGUAUUUAUCAUCUACUAGAUAUUUGUGAUGACCAUCGAAUAAAACAAUUACAAGCUAUUCUACCACAAGGUGUUAAAGAUGUCUUUCUAAUGUUAUAUAACGAUUAUGUUAAAUAUCAUAAAUACACUGGUAAAUCAUAAACAAUAAACAUCCUUUAUAAUGUUAAAUAA